GCAAUAUUAUUAAAGGGCACUGGAGCAGACUGCUAACUCAUCCCUCUUAAGGAGAACUUUUUUCAGAUUUUCUUCUGCUUUGCACAUUUCAGUGUUGGAACAAGAACACAGAAAUUGAAAGAAAAGCUUGCUGAAGGGGGCAACAGCUGUGCACCUGCGUUGAGCAAAGGUUGAUCCAAGUUUGUCCAACACCUGACUGCAACUUUUGAGUUGAUGCCACUCGGGCCUGUCCGCAGAGAAGCAAUUACAAGCUCAGAAUUCAUGAACAGCAAUAACCCUGCAGCCAUGGACACUAAAAGUGGCUGUUCCAGCAUCCCGUCUCAAAAGGCACAGACUGAGUCAGAUGCCACAGAUUUAAAGACCCACUCCUCUGUCAUCCUCAAUGGGAAGCCCACCACAGAUGACUUCAGUGCAACGCUGGCUUCAGACAGCCGGGGGACCCAUCGUUCCAGUAACGCUGAGCCACUGGCCGAGCCUCCCAGAUCACUUGAGCAGGACGGAGCUGCCGAAGGACUUUCCACAGGAGAACCCAAGGCAGUUCCCCUGUCGACGACCCAUUUGGCAACAACUCUAACCCCAGCUGACCAGCUAUGGAGCAGCAGCAGAGACGUGGCAGUGAGGCUGAGGCUGGAGGGAUCCGGCCCGGGCUCAGAGACUCCCAUCACCAUCCAUCAGAUGUUCCUGGAGACGGUUGAAAACUAUGGGGAACAUCCAGCUUUGGUUUCAAAGAAAGAUGGCCAGUGGAUGACUCUGACCUGGAGGCAAUACUACGAGCAGUGCCGUGCAGCUGCUAAAAGCUUUCUCAAGUUGGGGCUGGAGCGUAACCAUGGCGUAGGGAUUCUGGGAUUCAACUCCCGUGAGUGGUUCAUCUCAGACAUCGGCUGCAUCUUUGCAGGGGGACUGGCAGCUGGGAUUUACACGACGAACUCGCCAGAGGCCUGUCAGUAUGUGGCUGCAAACUGUGAGGCCAACAUCCUGGUUGUGGAGAACCAGAAACAGCUUGACAAAAUCCUGCAGGUUAAAGAUCAUCUACCUCACCUCAAAGCCAUUGUUCAGUACAAGGGUGAACCACAGCAAAAAGUGCCAUUUCUUUAUUCAUGGGAGGAGUUCAUGAAACUGGGAGAGGAUGUGCCCAAUGAGCAGCUGAAUGCUGUGAUUGACAGUCUUCGGGCCAAUGAGUGCUGCACCCUCAUCUACACCUCUGGAACCACUGGCAACCCUAAAGGAGUCAUGCUGAGCCAUGACAAUAUAACAUGGACGGCCCGUAUGGGAUGUGCCAUGUUAAAAGCAAAAGGUGGUGAGGAGGUCCUGGUCAGCUACCUGCCGCUCAGCCACAUCGCAGCCCAGAUGGUUGAUGUUUAUAUCUGCAUGAGUUUUGCUGGGACCACCUACUUCGCAGAGCCAGAUGCCCUCAAAGGCUCUUUGAUAAACACACUGAAAGAAGUUCAUCCAACUUGUUUCCUGGGAGUUCCUCGUGUGUGGGAGAAGAUCGAGGAGAGGAUGAAAGCUGCAGGAGCCAAGGUGUCCCCAGUGAAGAAGAGAAUGGCCGACUGGGCCAAAUCCAUUGGUCUGCAGUACAGCUACAGCGUCAUGAAUGGGGAGAAUUGGGUGCCGUGGGGCUUCAUGCUGGCUAACAAUCUGGUCUUCAAGAAGGUGCGUGCUGCUCUGGGCUUAGACCGCUGCAGGUUAUGCUGCACUGGAGCUGCGCCCAUCACCAAAGACACUCUGGAUUACUUCAUGAGUCUGAACAUCCCUGUGAAGGAGCUGUAUGGGAUGAGUGAAAGCUCUGGCCCCCACACUGUCUCCAUUGAUGAAUACCGCAUCACAAGCUGCGGAAAAGAGAUGCAGGGCUGCAAGACAAAGCUGGUGAAUACAGAUGAAGACGGGAAUGGAGAGAUCUGUUUCUGGGGUCGUAACGUCUUUAUGGGCUACCUGAACAUGCCUGACAAAACAGCAGAGGCUUUGGACGAGGACGGCUGGCUGCACACUGGAGACCUGGGAAGACACGAUGAACAAGGCUUUCUGUAUAUCACAGGAAGGAUCAAAGAGCUCAUCAUCACUGCUGGUGGCGAGAACAUCCCUCCUGUGCCCAUCGAGGAUGCAGUGAAGUCUGAGGUGCCCAUCAUCAGCAACGCCAUGCUGAUUGGAGACAAGCGCAAGUUCCUCUCCAUGCUGCUCACACUUAAAUGUGUCAUGGACGAUAACGGCGAGCCCACAGAUGAGCUGAGUCCAGAGACUUUAGAAUUCUGCCAGCAACAUGGCAUCAGAGCAACCAAGGUAUCAGAGAUUGUAGCCAAUAAGGAGCCGGCUAUUUACAGCGCCAUUCAGGCAGGCAUUGAGCGUGUCAACGCCCGGUCAACAUCCAACGCCCAGAAGGUCCAGAAGUGGCUCAUACUGGAGCGAGACUUCUCAGUCACUGGAGGAGAACUGGGACCCACCAUGAAACUCAGGAGGCCCAUUGUUGUGAAGAUGUACCAGGAGAAAAUAGAUGAAAUGUACACAGUGGCUGCAGAAAAACAGUAGCCUGCACUGCACAGGAAUCAGAGGUGGUCAUGGGAAAUCAGAUGCCUGGACAUGCAGUUUCACAGCAGCUGUACUUGUUGUUUUAAAAAAAAAAAAAAAAAAAAAAAAAAGUACAGCAUUGACAAUUUACUGCCC